AAUUAACUCGUCGGUGGACGGUUGGCAGAGACGCAAAGUUAUAAAAUAAAAUAAAAACAAAAACAAAAACAAAUCAGCUCAAACCUUCUCAGAGUUUCAGAAGGUUCUGGUUUCCCUUUCCUUAACUUCUUAGCCGAAUUGGACGGACGACUAAAAGUAGAGUCGUCGUUUUGGAGCUAACACCGACGAUGACGCCGAUCAUCCGAUCCUGCCCCGUCCUCACUUUCCUCGUUUUCCAAAUUUGCCUGAUCUUCUUUACUUCCACUCUCCCAUGCUCUUCUGGGUCUGAAGAUAGUUACACCAUCACUGGUAGAGUGAGGAUUCCACCAAGCAACGUGAUCGGUCACACAGCAAAGUUCUCAAAUGUGAAAGUUAUACUCAAUGGUGGACAGAGUGUUACGUUUCUCAGGCCUGAUGGAUACUUCACUUUUCACAAAGUACCUGCCGGGACUCAUUUGAUGGAAGUGUCUGCGAGGGGCUACUUCUUCUCUCCGGUACGAGUAGAUGUAAGUGCUCGGCAUCAUGGCAAGGUUCAAGCAACACUAACGGAAACCAGGAGGAGUCUUACUGAGCUGGUUUUGGAGCCAUUAAAGGAAGAGCAAUACUACGAGGUUCGAGAGCCUUUCAACAUUUUGUCACUUGUGAAAAGUCCGAUGGGUCUUAUGGUGGGAUUCAUGGUCGUGGUUGUGUUCCUAAUGCCGAAACUGAUGGAAAACAUAGAUCCAGAGGAGAUGAAGCAAGCACAAGAGGAAAUGAGGAGACAAGGUGUGCCUUCGCUCUCAAGCUUGUUGCCAAGCGCUGUAGCUAGCCGUUAAGGAGUUCCUCGGUUAGCACAGUGUAUCACAUAUGGACCAGAGAAAAGUUCAAUGGCAUGGAUUCGUGCACCUUGAAGUUAACAUUGGGACUGAGACCUGAUUCGUUGUAACGCAUUAGUUCCUGCAGUAAAUUGGGGUUUUGUUGUAAAUGUAGAGGAUCAUCUUUAAUGUAGAUCUCCAACUCCUUCAAACUAGGAAAAUAGUUCAAGAAAUGCUUUAUCAUCUAUAACUCUUCUGUGGUUCCUUCAAACCCUAGUCUCUAACCUCUUCACUGGACAAGACACAAGCGAACGGCCUUUCUCCUCAGGCGAAAUGCAGAUACAUGAAUCCCCACAUUUAUCUGUGACACGGUGUAAGAGACCCUGAAAGUUGGAAGAAAAAACCUUAGAGGAGUUUCAAAGCAUGAACUGUGUCUCUUUAAGUGUUUUGCUCUAGUUAUCAUGGCUUGGAUUGUAUUUAUAUAUUACCUUAAGGACUAGAGUUGCUAGAUGUGGACAAUUUCUUAAGAGAACAGGCAUUGCUUGCCAUGCAAGAUCCAUGUUAUGUGUAAGAAUGUGAGGUUGUUGAACACUGGCAUCGACAUCUCCCAUAAGAUUAAGUAGGUUUCAAACUUUCAACAUUAUAUUUUUUAUAUUCUUAUAUUUCACAUCAUCUUUUUUUUCCUUCCACCUAAUCAUUUAAUAUCUACUCAAUUUUUUCUAUUAUAUAAUGGUUUUGUUUAAAAUUUAACAUCAUAUUUUAC